GCUGUUCGUCUUUGAAUAGGCUGUACAACUUGUAUCUGGCAACAGAGCUAAACCCACUCUCACUGCUGUCGUCACUGAGGUCAGGUAGACGGAGCGAAGAUGGCGACUGCCUACGAGAGAUACAAUUUGCACACAACUCCUGAGAAGUUCUUCAUCGAGGCCUGUGAUGAGGGGGCUGAUGCUGUGCUGGCAAUUGACAGGGUCUCUAAUGAGAUGACCCUCACAGGAAAGAAGGAUGUACCUCCCUCCGCAGUCACCAGGCCAAUCUGUGGCAUCAUGGGAACCAUUCGCUUAGUAGCAGGGAUGUACCUGAUCGUCAUCACCAGGAAGAGGAAUGUAGGCAGCCUGCUGGGCCAUGCUGUGUGGAAGGCUGUGGAUUUUGAUGUCAUCUCUUAUAAGAAGACAGUUCUGCAUCUCUCAGAGAUUCAGUCUCAGGAGAAUAAGACCUUCCUGUCCAUGAUUAACAACGUGCUGACUACAGAUGGCUUCUACUUUUGCACUGACUUCGACCUGACACACACCCUGCAGCGUCUGGCCAACACCAGCCCUGACUUCCAGGAGAUGACCCUGCUGGAGAGGGCUGAUCAGAGGUUUGUGUGGAACUGGAACCUCCUGAGAGAAUUAGCAGCACAACCGGAGCUCCACAGGUUUGCGCUGCCUGUAGUCCAUGGAUUCAUUGUCAUGAAACCAUGUCGCAUAAACGGCAAGAUCUUUGAGUGGAUCCUCAUAUCCAGGAGGAGCUGCUUCCGAGCCGGAGUCAGAUACUACGUUAGAGGCAUCGAUUCUGAAGGCCACGCUGCAAACUUUGUUGAGACUGAGCAAAUAGUUUUGUAUGAAGGAGCAAAGGCCUCAUUUGUACAGACACGAGGUUCGAUGCCCUUUUACUGGAGCCAGAGGCCUAACCUCAAAUACAAACCCAAACCCAUCAUCAGCAAAACCACCAAUCACAUGGAUGGUUUCCAGAGACAUUUUGACUCUCAGGUCCUUAUAUACGGAAAACAAACGAUCUUGAACCUGGUGAAUCAGAAAGGCUCAGAGAAGCCUUUAGAACAAGUUUUUGCCAAGAUGGCGUCCAGUAUGAGUAAUGGUUUGCUCAAUUACAUAGCCUUUGACUUCCACAAAGAGUGCAGCCACAUGAGAUGGGACCGUUUGCAGAUCUUGGUGGAUGCUGUUGCAGAGACACAGGAUGAAUACGGAUACUUUAUGGUAAACUCAGACGGGAAGAUAGUGGCCCAGGAGAAAGGAGUUUUCCGUAGUAACUGCAUGGAUUGUCUGGACAGGACCAACGUCAUUCAGAGCCUGUUGGCCCGACGCUCCCUGCAGUCACAGCUUCAGAGGCUGGGUGUCCUGAAUGUGGGCCAGCGGAUUGACGAGCAGGCGGAGUUUGAGAAAAUCUACAAGAAUGCAUGGGCUGACAAUGCCAAUGCAUGCGCUGUACAGUAUGCAGGGACCGGGGCCUUGAAAACAGACUUUACAAGGACUGGGAAGAGGACCCAGUGGGGCCUGCUGAUGGAUGGGUGGAACUCCAUGAUACGUUACUACAAAAACAACUUCUCUGAUGGUUUCAGACAAGACUCCAUUGAUCUGUUCUUGGGUAACUUUGCUGUGGAUGAGUCAGACGGGCCGACCCCUCUUCGUGUGCAAAAAGACUGGAAGUUCCUCACGCUGCCCAUCAUCAUGCUGGUGGCAUUUUCCAUGUGCAUUGUCUGUCUUCUCAUGGCUGGCGACACGUGGACAGAGACCCUGGCUUAUGUGAUGUUCUGGGGGGCUGCUAGCGCCAUCACAGCAGCUAUCAUCAUGUUUAACGGUCAAGACUUUGUGGACGCCCCCAAACUGGUUCAUAAGGAAAAGAUGGACUGAGAGUGGUGUGUGUAUGUGUGAGAGUGUGUGUGUGUGUGUGUGUGUGUGUGUGUGUGAGGAGCAGAUGCGCUGGGCAGACUCAUAUACUUCAUCAUGUUUUUCCUCCUCUUCUUUCUGCCAUUUGCUUUGCUCCUCUCUGGACUCAGAUUGAUCUGCCUCUGUACUGCCCUCCAAAAAUCUUGUCUUUGUUUACAACAUGUUUAAUUAACUGUCCUGCACACACUCCUCCUUGUUGUGUUUUACAUCUGAUUGCCCACAUGACUCAUACCAUAUCAUGGAUUUAUUCUGCUGGGGCUUCAGUAAUCAUUUUUCUGUGACAGCACUUUAACUAUUUCAGUGUUCUUCAGUUUCCAGUCCUCAACAAAUAGGUCUAUAACCAUUGCUGUCUUUUUCUCUUUUUUUUCCCAUUCUUAACAUCUUAAAUCUAAAAAAAAGUCAUAUCAGGCAUUUUUUUUCCCCUUAUGUUUGAUUACUUUUCUUAUGUUUAAAGGUACAUAUACGCAGUGAAACAAGGUGGAAAGAAAACACUGAUACAUGAAGAUGAGAAAAGUGUAUUUAUUUCAGACAAGUUAUUGUUGAAAAAUACCCUUGACUCUAAAAACCCUAAACAGUCCCCACUUGGACAUGUGACACUUACAUCUGCACAUUGGUUUUAUCUGACUGAUUGCUGAGCGUUCUAUACAAUAUGGACAUGUUUGAGUUUUCAUUCUGAAUGUAACAAGCCUUAAAAAACCUGAUGAUGAUAAUGACGAUAAUGAUGUUACUGUUGUACCGGUGUAUUUGGGCUGAUAUGUAUGUAACCUGGUGGAGUAGGAGUGAACAGUAUGUCUUCCUAUUAAUCUAUCUUGGGAGAGUGAACACAGGGAUUCUCUUUUGUCAUCUUGUUUUUGCACCUUGGAGACCAGUGAAGUGAUGGAGUGUGCUGCUGCAUAUUAACGAGUUAUCUAUUAGUAUUUAAUGCUGGUAGAAAUGUGUCUUUGGUAGUUUCCCCUGGUUCCAGACCUUUAAGUAGCUUCCUGCAUUACUGAUUUGUUCACACAAGUCUAAUGUUGUGCUCAUUGGCAGCAUUUGUUCUGCGAUUAGAGAAACAGUACACCAAUCUGCACCUUGUUAGUCGAAUAGAUCCAGUGUCUUUCCACUAGAGAUGUUGCGACAUACAUUCACAUGAGGGUAUACAUGCUUAUUAUCAUUUGAAGUCAACAUGCUAAAUUUGCUUUUUUGUUAAAUUAGAUAAUCUCACACUUUAAUACAAUUAUUCCUGGUAACUGGCACAGUUUAAGUAUGUAAAGUAUGACAAGCACUUGCUACUUCUGUUCUGAGUUGCAAGUCUUUCAGAGCCAUUUUAGUUACUGUUCAUAAAUGUAGACUUUUCGGGAAAGCAGCGAGGUUGUGUUUGUCCAGUCUGUGGAAAAAGCCUCCAAUGAGCACAAAAAUGAACUAACAUUAGAAAUGUGAACGAUGUAGCAGGUUAUGAGUAAAACACUGCUGUGAAAAUCUAAGCAGUUGCACUUUCAUGACUAGUUGGCCAGUUCCACGCACCAGAUUGACUUGGCACAGAUGACUAUGACAGUAAAUGCUAUGAGCAAAUCAGUGGUCAUAAAGUGCGACCAACUCAUCACACAGUUUGGUCCAGUGUACCACUGCAUCAGCUCAUUGUAUGAAACAACAGGCUUAGAUGUUCACUGCAGUGUUUCACUUCCACAGUGUGACCCCUGGGAGCCUUGAUGGUCUGACACCAGGAUAAUGUGUUUAGAAAUAUGAAGUGAUUCAAGGUAGUGAUCAAAAUUGUAACUGCUAUCUAAAUACUAUACAAAGAGCUCAGACAUAUUUUUAUGGCCAUCUAAACUAAGACAUGGGUGAACAAGUUUUUGUACCUCUUCGAUUUGUCCGUGUUACAUCAUCUGUGUGGGGUCUUACAUAUAUGUCAUAUUAUAAUGUUACUGAUGUCACCUCCAUUUGAUACCUUUGAAUACAGGAUCAUUUUUUCAGUUAUAGAAACUUAUAAAAAUGUGUGGAAGCACCACAGGAACAUUGUGUGUUAACAGUAUAUUCAAUGUAUAGGAUAUAGUGUUGAUAAUUAAAUUGGUCUCUCAGUUCAUAAUGUUUGGAGGACCCCAUAUCCAACUACACACCAACUGAACAAUGUUUGUUGUUUUGAGUUUCCAGUUUCCUUGCUGAAGUUUAUCAUUCAGUGUAGAAGAGAUUGAGUCCCCAUCUGCCCUUGGAUCACUGCCUUACACAGUUGGCCCUCAGUACAGAGGGCAUGAACAUUAGUACCUUUCAUAUGAUCUUAAAGAUCUGGAUGGGCUUCCUUCCAUGUGUAGUUUUUGGGGAAUCACCAUGCCUUCUUGUUCUGUGUAUGAUUUCAUUCCAGCUGUGUGGUGUUAGGUCUAAUUUUUUUUCUGUUACAGAUCAUUCCUGCAAACUGUUUCUCAUGGAUCACAAACCAACAAGUAGCACAAACCAGUGGUUGAUGUUAAUCUCUUGUUAGCAAAACCUGUACUUAGAUCUCGCUAGAUGUUUGAAGGGGUGGUUUAAUCUUUGAUGCACAACUUGAUCUAAACUGUGUAACUUUGUCUGACAAGAGAAAAAAAUUCUUAACACAUGCGCUAGUAAGUUAUUUAACUUUGGCAAACAAUAUAAUUUGUGUGCAUGAGCUAAAUAAAUCAUAUUCCAGUAAUGCUGGAGCUCUC